UGAUUAAAGACGUAAAGAAAAUAGGAAAGGCCUGGGAAAGGAAAUUGCCGGACGGCGAGGUAUCAUCGGUGAGGUGCUUCCAUGGAUGGCAUGACGCAUCAUCCAGAGGGCCUCGUUCAAAAAAGACAUAGGAAAGGUCCCAAGGGAGUGGGCGGUGAAAAGGGAUGUCAUGUCGGUUCAACAUCGAUCGUGGUUGUGGUGUUCUGGGUCGUGUUCCACGUCGGAAUCAUCAUUUCGGGUCGUCAAAACCCACCCAAAAGCAAACUGCCAAAUUUCGUGUCGUCCUCUUUCUUCACCACAUCCCAAGGCAUAGGUAGGAAAAAACCGAGAAUCAAAAUGAGCGGAACGGGGUGUCGGUAGAACGCCACAUCCAAAGAAUCGAUGCGUUCACCUCCAGAGCCCAAGGAUGUAACCGCGUGCGCCAAAACUCGCAAAUGCACUUAUUCAGCCAAUUGACCUGCACUGGCCAUUUUGGGUAUGC